CUGAGUUUUUCUCACUGAGCUCUUAUAUUAUGUUGUGUUUUUAAUGUAUGUGAAUAUUUUCACAUUUAUAUUUUGUGUUUUUUUUUUUUUUUUUUUUUUUUUUUUUUGUUACGCCACACCCCGCCUCAACUAAAUCAAAGCUCUUUCUGACUCAUUGUUCCUCCUCUGGGUGGGCUGAACAGCUGUGUGUUUUCCAAGAAAAUGCAACACCUUUGGUUAAACCAUUAAAAGAAGAAGCGCAUAACCCAGACUUUAAACACUCACUCAUAUCUGUAAGGAUUAUUCAGGGGUGCUGGUUGAGAUUUAACGUUGAAGUAGCACAUGAACAUGCUUUCCUGAAGUUUCUUUCUUCUUGAUGAGAAGAUAAGUUUUAUAAUGUGUAAAUUCAUGCACUAUAAUAAUUAAGCCGAAGGAGAUUUUGCAGUUUUUCUCUAGCGUUAGUUUGAGGUUUACGUUGUACACUUUCAUGUUCUGGCUAGAAAAAUAACGCGUCAGCUCCACUUGUCCUCAGAAGCCCAGUGUAAGCAAUCUCUCAGUGCAAACAUUUUUAGUCUUUUCAUGUUUUAAUACCCGCGUGAGUCACAUGAGAAUGCAGGAAUAGAAUUGAGCUUUAUGUGGAUGAGAAACCGGUUUAGUGAAGUCUGAAAUGGUCAUGUAUCAGCAACUCCUUGUCACGUUUUUAUUAAAUUUUUCGCUGUGACAGAUGACCUUUUCACCCUGAUGCAGUUCCUCAGUGGGAAUGAAGGCAAACUGAGCAUGUUUCACUGUACUACUAUUUCAUAACUUUGUUUUUAUAUUUUUAUUACUGAGGCUUUUUCCGUUUUGUGUUGUACUUUAUUGUAUAAUUUUUUGUGUGUGUGUGGCUCUGAUUAAGACACAGUAAAAAUGAAGCAACUCAGCCAAAGAGAUGCAAAGCAGAAUAUUUUUUAAGUGCAGGGAGGAACAAACCCCAGUAGGAGUGCUGAUCUAGGGGUUGACGUUCCCAGCAGCAGCGCAUGACACUCUAGCAGCCAGUGUUCUAAUGUAUUUAAAGAUGUGUGACGUAAGAGUUGAUUUUGAAGUUUAAACCACUUACAUUUCCCUGAUAACUUGAGCAGCUGUUGAAUGAAGGACCUCACUAAACAGGAUUAUCUCUAUAUUUGAUCUGUAGGCAUGUAAAUCAUUUGCAGGCUGUUUGUGCGUGCAGAGAUCCUGACCGAUGCAUCAAGGUGAUACAAAUGUUUGCUUUCAAAGUUCUAUCAACGUCUUGCAUCGCAUAUCUAUAACCAAACAUAGGUGUCAAUAUUACUGCUCACCAUCCAAAGAUAAACAUGAACCAUCAAUGUUUUACAGCAUGUAUGCACUUAUCAAUAGUGUUGUAAUAUUCUUUUUUUUUUUUUUUUUUUUUUUUUUUAAUUAUAUAUGUAAAAAUUGUUUUGAAUGUGUCCCCACCUGACACUAAAGGUAAUAAUCAUGAUGGCAACUAGCUUGAAGCUGAUGUAAAGCCAACCUAAUAGUAAAUACAGCAUUUCUUCUCAGGAUUGAAGCCUACUCAAACACACAAAAGGAUUAAAGAGUCUGGAAUUGCUUACCGCCGAUUUCAGUGGACAAUUAACAGAUGUCUUCCAACUUUCUGGUUUUAUCCUUUUGCUCCUUGCAUCGAAUUGUAGGUGUGAUUUGUCUGAUGUGCCUUCACCUUUCCAGACCUGUUGUAUAUAAGUACAUAUAUAUAUAUAAACAGUCUAUAUAAAGGAAAGCUUGUUUUUAAUUGACCCAUUGUUGACGUCUGUUUUUAUUCCACCGAAAGGCCUAAUGAGGGCUAAAUAGCUCGUCAGGCCUGGAUUGAUCCCCCUAAUCCACAAACUGUGUAACUGCUUUGUAUGGCUGAUUCACUCAAGCAAAUCAGCUCCCUUUUCUUUACCUUAUAUGUUCAUGCUGGUCCAAACUAGGGUGCUUUGUGAUCUGAGUACCUGUUCAGCUGUGUUUAGGUUGCACUGCGGAAGUCUAUAGUUCAUGACUCAGAAUCCUCUUGACCUUAUUCUUUUUUAAGCUAACAUAUUUAUGUGUUUAGAGAAGCUGUUGGCUUGGGAGUCAGUUCCUGAAAGACAAGCAGAAAUGAAAAAGGAAAUGACCCGCUGAGCCUGAAAAUGAGUCAGCCUAUUGACAUCAAUGUCUCUUGCACUGUAUUUAAGAAUCCAAUUUAGAACAACAAGACUGCUGACAGAAUACUGUUCAUUUAACAGUUGAUAAGGUUCAAUAUAGCACCAUGGUACAUCAGCAAAAGGACGUUUUUAGUGUGAAGAAUGAACCAAGAGCUGUGCCUCUGGAAGCAGGAGGCAAUGAAAAUGUCUGCAUGCACUCUGUCAUUUAUUAUUCCCCUCACAGCUUGUGGAUUGCCUAGGUGACAUCCUCUCCAUCCUGUAUGCCGAUGCCUCUCCCCUCGGGCUGCUGCUACUUGAGAUGUGACGGUUACCUGAGACUCGGCUUCUUGAGACGGGCAAAUUCUUUUUGUUUUUCUUCAACUCGAGGAUUGUCCUCUGAGAAUAGUCAAGACUGGCAUGUUUGUCUUAAGCUGAAAGUGGUGAGAAGAAGCCAGAAGUGAUGCAAAAAAGAUGGAUUGCACUCGCAAAUAUGUUAAUGUUCUGUAUGUGUUACUAAAAGCUAUGAACGAAGGGCAAGGUCAAUAUGAACAAGCUGCUGGUUCUCGGUAAUUGCAAGCUAAAUUGCUUUUCUUUUUGGGUUCUUUUUCAAGUCUCAGAUUUAUUUAAUUAAAACAGUUACCCAGUAGUGCUGCACAACAUAAAGCAGGUCCAUAAAUAUUUGGACAUUAUUAUGGAUAUUUUAGCUGUCUACCACAAUAUGUUGGAGUUGAAAUAAAAUAAGUGUAUAUGAGCUCAAAAUGCAGACUUUACCCUUUAAUUUGUGGGUAUUUACAUCCAAAUCAGGUGAACAGUGUGGGAAUUGCAGCACUUAUUUAUAUGUGGGCCUCCACUUUUUAAAAGACCAAAAGUGAUUAAUUAACAAUAAUAAAUUAGAUUAUUUUUAAUAUGUGGUUGCAAAUCCUUUGCAGUCAAUGACUGCCUGAAGCUAUUAACAUCUUCCCUGGUGAUGCUCUGCCAGGCCUUUACUGCAGAUGUCUUCAGGGUCUGCUUGUUCUUGGAGCAUUUUGCUUAUGCUCAAUUGGAUUCACGUCAGCCGAUUGACUUUACCAUUGCAGAAUAUUCCACUUCUUUGCCUUAAAAAAAAGUCUUGAGUUGAUUUCGAAAUAUGCGUCAUGGUCAUUGUCCAUCCGCAGUGUGAAGCGUCAUCCAAUGAGCUUUGAAGCAUCUGGCUGAAUCUGAGCAAAUAAUAUAGCCCAAUACACUUCACCUGUCUGGAACCAACAGCUAUGCCACGAUGUCAAACUCACUGAGACCACGUUGUUUCCCAUUCUGAUGUCUGAUGUGAACAUUAACUGAAGCUCUUGACCUGAAUCUGCAUGAUUUUAUGUAUUGCGCUGCUGCCACAUGAUUGGCUGAUUUCAUAAUUGCAAGAAUGUGCAGGUGUACAGGUGUUCCUAAUAAAGUGGACAAUGAGUGCAUGCUUAAUCACAUUCUGUGAACUCUCUGACUAAUUCCUGGCCUUUAGAGGUUCCUGAUAAGUUUUCUGUGGGUGUUUUGAUAAAUUGUGACAUUUAGAUGAAAAAAAAAAAGUCCCCCAAAUCGUAAACUGUGAUGCAACACAAUUUCCAUCAUUUAAAGCUAUAGCUAUAUCACAAUCACAAUGUACUUUAUAACAAUAUAAGUGUAAAAUGCUACUUUUGUAUAAAAUUGCAGGCCAAGUUCCAGCGAAAGGUGCAAUUCAAGGAUUACUAUCUUUGUUCCUCACUUGCAAAAUGCAUGCUGCUAUCAUUUACAUUACCACUAACCUCAUGCUACAAUGACAGGCAGAAAGUGUAGAGUUACCCAACUGUAAACAGAGGAUGCAGCUUUCAAACCAACACAGGCUUAUGCAAUCCUGUUCAUCAGAACUGAAGUAUUUUUUUCCCCAAGUCGAUUUUGUCAUCUUGUGCACAAACAAACCUUACAGAUAUAUACCAGACCUUCAGAAUCACAGUGCGAAAAAGAAAACCACACAGGAGUCCCAUUAAAGUGACUACUUAAAUUGUAAGUGGGACUAAUAUGAGACAAGCAAUAAAUAACUCAUGUUUUAUGUUAAAUCAUAUUAAUAACAAUUAAUUGUUGUUGCCAAAACCUGUUGGUUUAUUAUAUAAUCUGGGAAUGUAGCUGUAGUGUGGCAGGCUGUUAGAAAUAUUUCCUUUGCAGCUAAGCAUGUAACAGCACUCACUUGUCCAAACCGAAUUUAUGAUCAAGUGCAUUGCGUAGCUUUCCAGCUAUUUCUGGCUCUCACAUGCAGCAAGUGGGUGACGAGUUUGAAGGCUGACUGUUUACAGAAAGCAGAGCUUCAUUACUCGAGUCCCACGAUGGGCUCUCUGACCCCAUCACUGUGAGGGGUUAGCACGACUGAAGAACAUGUGCUUCUGAGAGCAUCCUCAAAGGAGCAAAUCAGCAACGCUCAUGGAGAAGAGUUAUUUUAGCUUUUGGAUUUUUCGAUCAUUAUGCCUCAAACUGUUAUAUUUACAUGGGAAAGUGUUCCAUGUUGCUUUCUUUUUAUUUUUAUUUUUUUACUGAAUGGUAUAAUCAAGAUUUCUACUUGACUUUGUCUCCUCUGGUUUUUACUUACGUGUAAUUAGCACUAGACCAUGAUUGAAAUGUCAAGAGGCUUAAUGAAUACCCUGCUUAGUGAUUAAGAACAUGAGAAAUGGUUUUGAAUUGAAAUUGAAAACAAUAAGCCUAUAAAAGUCUGCUAUUAUUGCAAUAAAACAGCCUAUUUUUCUUAAGGUUUUAAGGAAAAUGUAGUAAAAUGUGGGGAAAAAACUACGGAAAGAUCCAGUCUGGCAAAAUGUAGGCAUGUUUAUUUUUUAAUGCUUUGUUUUAUUCCUUGUGGAGAAGCUGUGCGUGUUCUAUCCCUUAGAGAAAGAGAGCAAGGAAGAGAGAUCCUCCCUCCCAGAGACAAUCUCCUCUCAAAUCCUAGCUUUAAUUGUAGCAUAUGAAGCAAGGGACAGACACGAUCAGACAUAAGAGCUGCGACACAUGCAGACACAGUGCUGAUGGUAGAUUUAGGAGAAAACCAACCCUGACUGAAGUCGACUAGUUCCUGCCAGUGAGUAAGUGAAGGAGAGAGAGCGAGAGAGAAAGGGGAACAGCCAUGAGAAGGAGUGGGAGGAAGAAAGCGCCAGAAAGGGAGUGAGUGCAAUGCGUGAGGGGAAGCAAGAGAGAGCGAGCGGGAACGGGGAGGGGGAGAGCAAGCGAUGGAGAGACAGGAAACAUGCAACAGCCACUGAACCUGGAAGGCAGGAAGAGUGGAGGAAGCAGCGGAAUACAGAGGCUCUCCGCCAAAUGCAGGGGCAAUGGAAUACGAGCAAAGGCAGCAUGUGCUUGUUCAGGAGGAUGGAGGGAGGCUGUCAAUGGUCCAGCAGCAGAGAACAACGUGGGGAUAAUAUCAGAAAUGGCACUGACGGGAAACAGAGGGAGAGGGUGAGGGUGUGAGCCAAGGAACAUGCUGACGAAAAAGUUUCAGGCUUCAGGAGGGAUAGAACUUGCAUGAAAAUACCAUCCAACCAGGAGUGGUGGGAGACGAUGCAUGAGGGAAGGACAAAUCUGUUCCGGAAUCUCAAUAUGAAGCCUCUCUCCUGUCUCCAUUAUGUUUACUGAUACCAGAGGGCUUGGACAACAUACCAUCCCACGUCACUUCUGGCUCCUACAGAAGAAGACCAAGAUGGGACAUUCAGGAAAGGCUGGAAAGGGAUCUUUGUUUAGUUUUGAACCAGAGGAAUACAAUAAGAUGGGUUCUCAUGGAUCUAAGCAGACCAUCCAUAAUGGAUACAGUCACCAUUCUAGGGUAUCUCUUAACACUCUGAAGUGGCAUUCGAAGCUCUUUAGGACUGGUGAGAGCUGUCAAACUGAGUCGAGCAAUAUGAGGUGGCGUAAGUGUCAGGGGCAGGGAUUACAACACAACAGCGCCUCUGUGAGGGACCGCUCAAGAGAAUGCAGCUUUGUGGAAAACCUCCACCAUACCCAGACACCCCUCCCUUUGAGGAAAUGUGCUCUGGAUUUGCCGACGCAGUUCAUAGGUCAAAGAAACUGUGGAGUGCCUGUUUGCGUGGUGGCACAAUCCGGCUCUGUCAGAGAGUCGCAGGCGCCUGGGCAAACUGAGGCCAAUGAACACACCUUUGACAAACAUCAGCCACCUAAAACCAGCUGCAGUAGCAAUCCAGAAGACUAUAGUGUGGAUAGCACAAGACAGAAUUUCCCUAACUCAAUGGGACAUGUAGCAGAAGACAGUGAUGGGUCCAGGUCCAUGCAUGAAGUUUUCUUCUCUACAGAAGUUCCCCAAAACAUCAACCACAAUGAGAGCUCUCAUAAAGGUGAUUUGCAAAAUAUGUCAGACAACGGGGGGCAGUCCCUGAGUGGAGAGGCUUACAUCUUCAAGUCGAAGAAAACUCAGAGGGUUCUCCAGGACCAGAUCCAUAAAGUGGUUGUGAAUCUUGAGGAGGUUCUCCGUGGCUUGAAGGAAGUGCAUUUGGAAAUGAAGGAGGUGGUCCAGCAGAUUGACCAGCUGACCUCCAGCAUUGACCUGGGAGAGGAGGACAGCAGAGAAGCUUCUGGACGUUGCAGCCCUAGUGAGAGUGUUUCUGCAUCAGAGGAAGCAAAGCAUAUAGACACCAGCAUCCACAAUUCUGGGUACCCAAACAACCCAGGUCUUGUUGUGUCAACUGUACCAAGGGGUGCCAGAAGGCUUGAAGCAUGUAGCAAAGACCAUACACAGUGUGAAAGCCCCCCUAGUGUUGCGCCACCAGCAUACCCAACUGCACUUUUAUCUAUAAACAGUUCAGGGCUGAAGUUCAAUCAUGGAACAACAGUGUCUCAAAUUAAGGGGCCUAAAUCGGAGGGCAAUGCACUGUCUAGAAGCCAGAAGCCUCCUCCUUACCCCCUUAACAGCAGAACCUGGAGGGCAGAUAAAGGGAAAACUCCCCCUUAUGCAGGCAGAAGAAGACUGCUGUCCACUACUGUGUAAUGGGGCAACUGCUUGAGGGCAGCUAGGGGAAGAUUACAGUUUGAAGAAGCCGGUAUCCAAGGAGACCGGCGGCAUUAAGUAAGUAUGUUCCGAGUGUCUCUGCAUGCAGUCGACUGAUUCAGCACCUCACUAUUCAAACACAAUUCACUCUGAGUGCAUGUUAAGUAUGCACCAUGGUGUGUCUGCCUAUGUGUGUGCAGAUGUGCUGUUUUAGGCCCACUUGUAACAAAAAAGUCAGAAGGCAGCUGUAGAUUAAAGAGUGCCACUCUAAAGAAACAUUUUGAGAAGCAUGUAAUUACAGAAUCACUGUUUAUUUUUUAACUAGCAACAGUCUGUAAUCUGUUAGUUUAAUUUCUAUUAGUUUUGACAGUAGGAGAUUUUAUAGUAUAGUCAGCAUUGUUUACAGAUUAGAUUCAAGUGGCUUUUAUUGUCAUUUCAACCAUAUACAGCUGGUACAGUACACAGUGAAAUGAAACAACGUUCCUCCAGGACCAUGGUGCUACAUAAAACAACCCAGAACAAACUAAAGACUACACAGACCUACACAGGACUACAUAAAGUGCACAAGUGCAAUCGUGUGCAAACGGAGCAAGACAAGUACAGAUUUCCUAAACAGGACAAUAGGCACAGUAAAGGACAGUGCAGCGCUGCCUAGUACACAGUUCUAGUAUGGCUAAAGUGGACAGAGUGCCAUAUGUAACAGGUUGUGCAAAAAGAUAUAACAAUAUAAUAGUAACAUACUAGAUCCCAAUUUUUAUGAUAUGACUGAAUCAUUAUAGGACUCUUUGUAUUGGGAAAAUCUACCACCACAUGUUCCACAUCACCUUUACAUUACUAGUCUACUCAUGCAUCUUUAGAAACCUCUUUAUCCUGGCCAGGGUCAUAAUGGAUCCAAAGCCUGUCCCAGGUACACUGGGUGUGAGCCAGGAAUACACCCUGAAUGGGAUGGUACUCCAUUACAGGGCACUAUUCAUACAUAUUCAUACGUAGGGGCAAUUUAGCGUGACCAAUCCAUCUACCCACAGUUUUCGGAAGGUGGGAGGAAACCGGAGAACCAGGAGGAAACCUACAUGGAGUGGGGGAGAAUUCCAGACAGAGAGGCCCCCAAGCUCAGGACUGAACCAGGGACUCUAGAGCUGUGAGGUAGCAACGCUACCCACUGCACCACUAUGCCACCCUUUAUGAGUGUACUAUUAUCUAUUAAUGUUAUCAAGAAUCAUGAAUUUCCCAUUGUACUGUGCAUUUUUCUCACUCUCGUACUCUCUCGUAGGAAGCAUGGCCUCUCUGGCUGACAUUUCCAGUGGAGAAGGUGUGGCCUCCCACGCCUCAAAACUAACAUAAUGUUUAGAUUAAGAUAAAAUCAAAAUUGCACAAUACUGAAGGCCUCAUACCAUGUUAAAUCACUGAAUUCACUAAAUAUAUCUUCCUACCAUUCAUUAAGCCUUGUUUAUUUUGUAGUAUGGCAAGCACAGAUACCCAUCACUAAUUGUGAAAAAUGUUCUCCCAAUUUUUGACAGGAAAUCACACACGUGCGUAUGAGAUUAUUGUUAAAUCCCAUGAUGUGGAAUACAUGCAGCAUUUAUUGCUAUGCAUUUCAGGUUAUAAGAGUAUAAAAAUAUUUCAGAGGAAAUUUUAUGACUUCAGUGAAUAACUCUGAAUUAGCUUCAUUACAAAUCACUCAGUCAUCUGAAAGCAGGCCUCUUCAGUCAAGCAUUCAGAGCCCAGCUGGAUAUUUCAGGCUAAAAUUCUGCUUCUUAAGAUUAAUUGAUUAAUGUGAACACCUGGAGGAACACCAAGAUGGCAGAGCUUUGGCUCAAAACCACAGGGGAGAGGAAUAAUGGAUGUGCUAUUGUACAAAGCACAGUUAUAUACACAAAGUUUUUGCUGACAUGAGUAGAAAAAUCUCAUACCAAACCAGAUAAAUGAAACCACAAACAAAAUAACAGAGCUGUAUGUGAGUGGCUCUUGCAUUCAGAAUGAGCUUCCAUUAUCAGCAAGUGUGAAGGCAUUUUGAAAGUACAGUCGAGCUUAAAGUGGUAACGUGAUUUAGAAUGAAAGAACAGCUGUUAUAGUCAUCACAAUUAGUUUUGCAUGCAAAUCAUUGUUAGUUGUAUGAAAUAAAACACUUGGGGGGUGGGUGUACUGUUACAGGAAAUAAUCCAGGACAAGGUGGUGUGAUGCUACCCUAAAGUGGAUUAUUUUCCAAUAACUGCAAGUUCCAAUGUAUUCCUCCUACCAUUGCAAUUUCCCAAAGAUUAUUUAUUAAAGAAUGAAAUGUAUUGCUUUUUAAACAUUUUUAGUUACAUUUAAUCUAGUGGAAUGUCCACAAGGCAAGUUAUGUAUAAGCGCAUGUUUCCUCAUCUUGACAUUAAUGGGACAGAAAAGCUUCUCAUGUUACCAAGAAACUGUAAAGUGGUUUAUUCUGAAGAUGUUCCUGUGGUAGAAAACUUGCGGCCUAUUACAAAGCACUGACAAUACAAACUCCUUCUUAUCGUCUGAAUUACAGAUAGCACUACUUUCAGAGUGGCUGCUGGAAAAAGAAACAAAACCCUUUGACCAAUCAGAAUUCAACAGUACUGUGGUCUAUUUAUUAUUGCAGUAUUUUUUUUUGCUUAGAAAUGUUGCUCCAUUGCAUGUAUCUCAAUCACAAGUUAAAUCAGGGCUGUUUCUUGAACCUCUGGGGGCCCUUAGCACCCCCUCCACCCCAGUCAUACCUCUCAAGUUGCAGACCACAUGGAGGCCCCCUGCAAGCGCCUGAACCACAGUAACAACAAUGAGCUCAAUGUCCUAUGGCAUCAGCUUGCAUGAUGCGGAGUCCCUAAGAGACUGCUUAUACUGCUUACAUCUAGAAACUGCCCCGAGUAAAUGUUAUAGCAUUUUAAAGUCUAGUUAACUCCAAAAUUGGAUUUAUAGAUGUCAUUCUGACUGCAGCACAAGACAAUCACUGACAUUUUGACAGUCUGUAUCUCAUUACAAGCUGAAUUAAUUAAGCUUAUGUCCAUUUUACUAGGGCACAUAGCUAUCCAACAACUAAAAGUGUGAAAUUCACUGUGAGGAAAUCACUCUUAGCAAGCAAGGUUGUAGACAUCUUUAGGCAGACGGUUUUAACCACCGCAUUUCUUACACUGGCUCCUUACGCAACAUGAUCUUUGCAGAAGGAUAGCCUAGGCAAGAUUAAAAAGUAAAUAAGAAUAAGGGUUGUUUUAUGGAACAUUUCAGUUUUGCUUAAAUAUGUUUAUGGUUUCUUAAAGUUGAGGUGUUUGAAUAUGGUUAAAAAAAAAAAAAAAACAAUGUUGGACAAAUCAGACAGAUCUUCUGUCAAAAAUGUAUCUUGUAGUCUGGUAAACACAGUAGCAGCAUGAACAUUUUCACCACAGACUUCUGUUAAUUAAAAAGAGGGCAAAGUCACAAUCCAUGAUAACAGAUGAACUUAUUUAUUAAAAUCUGUUUACACUAUGACCAGAUAAAGAUAACAGAAACUGAAAAUAUAUUUCUAUGCCAAAGUGUGGUAGAAAAGUAGAAUGUCUUGUUUUUUUUAAAUCCCCUUCAGGCACAAGCAGAUGACAGUAAUGCUUGUUUUUGAAAGUGGAGGAAUCCAACAACAAGAAGAAAAAAGGACAUCUUUCAUCGCUUCUUCUGGCUAAAUCUCUGUUGCUCAGCGAUGUCAGGGAACAGUUCAGUAACAGAGUUUCCAGGACUUGAGCCACAUCCCUCCAUUUAUUCUGCUUUUUCUAAGGGUAAGCGUCUCAGAGUUCAACCAAUCAGAGCUCGUCAUGACGUGUCCUACCAAUGAUGGUCAGUUUGGAGAGUUCAGCCCGGAAUUUUCCAUCUUUGUGAGUCACUGAAGGAAACAACAAUCAAAAACAUGAACAAACUCAGCAGGCAAUGGUAUCUCAGCCGUGAAGGUUCUGCACUAGUGACCAGAAGUUUAUGAUAAGUUUCAAAUCCCAGGACUACCACUGAGUCAUUGUUGGGUGCUUGAGUGAGACACUUUCAUGCUCAACAGCACAUCUGUAUGACCUGAUUGAUUUCAGUUUCACUUGUGUAAUUACAGUUUGUAUUAAAAUGUGUCUGCUGAAUGAAUAAAUGUAAAUGUGAAUCUCA